AUGGCGGGAAGAGACAAGCGUCCCACUCCACCUCCACUGACGACUAACCCCAUUCACCUAGAAUCAAACCUGGCGACGCCCCGCUGGGCACGCAGCAACCUCUCCCAGGCUUGGAGGCACAAACGUCUGCCCCAUCGAGCUCUCGCCAUCCUCCUCGCCGCGCUACGGCUGUCGCCCGACGUCGUGGAAGACGUCCUCAGCCGAUGCGCCGCGCGUGACGCCGCACCCAGAUCCCCUGACAAUCUCCUGGCCCGCAGCACGAACGACAGGUUCGAGGCCGGCACCCGCGCGACGCUCAUCAAGAAUGUAACACUGUGGACGGGCGCGCGGAACGGGACCGAGGUCGUGUACGGGGACAUCUUCCUCGACAAGGGCCUCGUCCAGGGGAUCGGGUACAUCCCGGAGUGGGACUACUCGAAGCACAACACGGACGUCGUCGACGCCAACGGGAGCUGGGUCACUCCUGGACUUGUGGACUUGCACUCGCACGUCGGGCUCGUCAGCGCACCUGUUACGGCGGGGGCGCUCGAGCUCGACUCGCCAAACGGGCCCGUCCUUCCCUGGCUCCGGAGCAUCGACGCGCUCAACACGCACGACGCCUCGUUCGCGCACGCCAUCGCGGGCGGCGUGACGACGGUGCAGGUCCUGCCCGACAGCGGGCACAACGCGAUCGGCGGCCAAGCAUUCAUGAUCAAGCUGCGCAAGACCUCGCUCCGCACUCCGACCUCGAUGAUCGUCGAGCCUCCCCCGACGCUGAACGGCAGCAGGCGCGAUCCGUACGACCCCAGAUGGCGACACCUCAUGAUGGCGUGCGGCGAAGGCACCAGGGCAUACGGCAACCGCAUGGACAACAUAUGGGCGCUCCGCGCAGCCUUCGCCGUCGCGCGCGGGUUCCGCGACGCACAAGACGCGUUCUGCUCGCGCGUCGAAGCCGGCGGGUGGGACGAGACCGAGGGACAGGGCCAGGCGCAGACGCAGACGCAGGCGUACCCGGAGGAUUACAGAUGGGAGGCGCUGGUCGAGGUGCUCCGGGGGAGGGUCAAGGUGUCUGUGCAGUGCAAUGAGGCGGUCGACUUGGACGCCAUGGUUCGGCUCUCGCAAGAGUUCAAGAUUCCCAUUGCCUCGGUCCACGGCGCACUCGAAGGGUAUCUUAUCCCACAAAUUCUGAAGGGAACUUAUGCAGGUCCUCCGACCAUCGCGCUCUCUGUCGACAGCUCGCGGGCUAAGCGCGAGGCCUAUCGUGGCUCCGAAUUUGCUCCGCGCAUCCUUGCAGAGAAUGGCUUACCUAUAGCCAUGAAGUCGGAGUAUCCUGCGCGCAACGGACGGAAUCUGGUCUACGAAGCUCAGUUGGCUCACUACUAUGGCCUGCCACCUAAUAUGGCCCUGACAUCCGUCACCGCCAUUCCUGCAUUCGCAGCCGGCCUCUCUCACCGUAUCGGCAUCCUUCGCGAAGGCGCGGACGCAGACCUCGUCCUAUGGGAUUCUCACCCGCUCCAGCUGGGUGCCACCCCGCGGAAAGUCUGGAUCGACGGCAUCCUCCAAGUCGAUGCCGAUCGUGCUCGGGUGCCUGUCAAUAAGUUGAAGGAAGACCCUGCCAUGCAAGAAGCACCGAAAGUGCCCAAUUUCGACGCCGAGAGGGAGAAAGCGGUCAGGUUCGACGGUCUCGCGCCGAUGAGACCCAACAGCACUAUCGGCGGUCGCGUGGUCUUCCAGAACGUCAAGGAGCUCUUUACCCGGGAGCGGGGAGACUAUGCGCACUUCGGGCUGGACGGUUACGAGGGACUGAUGAAUGUGGUCGUCGAGCGCGGAAGGGUGACGUGCAUCGGGAAUGUAUGCGAGGGGGAGAACGCAGACAUGGUCGUCGACCUGCAUGGCGGCGCCCUCGUUCCUGGAAUGAUGCACUUCGGACCGGGACUGGGCGUGGAGGAGAUCGAGGGAGAGCCGUCGACUGGCGAUGGGGUGCGGUUCGACCCGUUGAAGGCGAACGUGCCGGAGGUGAUGGGCGAUGUUGGUGCGUUGGUAAGGGUUAGCGACGCGCUUCAGUUUGGUACGAGGAACGCUCUGGUUGCACACCACGCUGGAGUGACUUAUGCUACGACGUCCUUCUUGCGGCCCGCUUCGUAUGCCCGCGGGAGCUUCAUGGGAGGCCUCUCUGCGACCUUCCGAACCGGUGCUUCGAAUGCGUUGGAUCGCGCCGCUCUCAUCAAGCCCGCCACUGCUCUGCAUGUCGCUGUUGGCCGAUCAUUGCCGCUAGCGCCGUCUCCCGGCCCAAGCGUCAGCACGGAGAUCGCUACGCUGCGCCGUCUCUUGCUCAACGGCGAGGGCGAGCAUACGGAAACGGGAAAGUGGUUCAAGAAAGCUGCAAAUGGGGAAAUCCCCUUAGUCAUCGACGUCUCGAACGCCGACAUCAUGGCGACGCUCAUUCGACUCAAGAACGAGGUCGAGGAGAAGCGUGGCUCGUACAUGCGAAUGAUCUUCUCGCGCGCGACGGAAGCAUCUCUGCUGGCUGACGAGAUCGCUCGUAACAAAAUCGGAGUCAUCAUCAGCCCUAGUAGGCAGUUCCCUUGGUCUUGGGAUGAGCGUCGGGUACUUCCUGGACCUCCCUUGGCGAACCACACGGCGUUGUCCGCCCUGCUCAAAAGCGGAGUCAUAGUUGGUAUCGGUUCUUGGGACACCUCCUAUACACAGGGUAUACGUUUCGACCUCGGCUGGGCUGUUCUCGAGUCCGGCGGCCAGAUCAAGAAGAAACAAGCAUACGAACUCAUGACCACCAACUUGGAGAAACUGCUUGACUUGGAAGGAAGAGUAGGAGAGAUGGGCGAACUUGUUGCCUACGACGGAGGUAGCGCGCUCGACUUCAGCAGCAAACCGGUCGCGAUCGUUGCUCCGGCCAGGGGCUUGGUCGAAGUUCUGUGA